AUGCCUCCCGCACAGCCAGUUGAUAUGCUAAACAACACGCUCCAAGAAAUUGUCUUCAGAACAAAGAACGCUGAAAAGUUCAAACGACUGGCACGCAACACUCAUUUCAACGUCAGAGAAGUUGAAGCGCUGGCGAUAAUUCAUCGCAAAUGCGUACAAACUUUGGGACCUAUAAGCAGAUCCAUACUUCGUGAUAUCUUCCAACCAGGCCUAGACUUAACGGAGAAUAUUCGCCAUUUAUUGAUCGACAGAGUAUUCACUGCGUUCGAUAAACAUCACGCUUUGCAGGUACACCUUGAUGAUUGGAUCGAAGGACUUUCGGUAUUAAUUCGUGGGAGCAUGGAUGAGCAGAUACACUUCGCUUAUCAAGUGUACGAUAACAUGAAGACCAACACAUUAAAGAAGGAGCAUAUAUUUCUAAUAAUGCACGGUUGUCUAAUCAAACUGCAAAAUAAUGAAAACCCCGACGAAGCAGUUAAGGAUAUGAUAGAUUUGCUGAUUAAGAAGCUCGACGUGGACCGCGACGGGAGCAUUUCCGAAGAGGAUUUCAAAAUUGCUGUGAAAGACAGAAAUUCACUCCUGCUGGAGUGCAUGGGUCCCGUGUUCCCUUCCAGAGAAGCUCGCAACGUCUUUUUAACCACCUUCACGGAUCGUCUGGGAAGAUACUAACAGAUACUAAUCGAGAAAUUAUUUCGAUCGAACCGCAUUGUUUCGCCUGGAAUUUUUGCCAAGUGCGAUGGCACGUCGAAUCCUGCCAAAGGCAGCCCUUAUUGAAAAGCCAAGAGCGUGUUCUCGCCAGUAGGGGAGGAAAAUGUGCCAAAUCAGACAGAAGAGAUCCGCCUAGAACAAACCGCGCUCGUAUUUCCGUCCUCUACGACCGAAAAGCAAUAAUUCUUCGCCCCACUGGCCGCGCGUGGAAACCGACGCGGUACGGAGAAAACCGAGGGCUAACCGAACGGACGAUAAAUCAGCGGAUUCGUUAGCGGAAUCUUCCUGAAUCCAUUUGACCGGGAGGCGUGCUUGGGGGUAGAUCCUGCUGUUUCGACAAGACGGUGUCGUGUUCGAACGGGUGACCUCGUGCUGCCGUUCGUCCUCUCCCUCUUGCCAGUCCCCGUACAUGGUCGAUGGUCAGCUAUGGACAACCUCCUACCCACUGAUCCCUGACGACGAUGAAAUAUAUCCCAUCGAAUUCGGAAUGCUGCCGGGUGAAAGCCACGACUCGAGUCCCAAGACGUCCAGGCUGCAGUGUCAAAAGCUGCGUCCCCGCACCGGUCUAAUUACCAGGAUCGCGCCAUCUUCGUCAGGCAGCGCAGCCAAUUGUCCCGGAACGGCGAUGCCUCGACAAUUGCAGUCGACGAAGAGCCACGAAGUGAGCUUUUUCCCCCGGCGGUCAGCUCUCGUAAUUUCCAUUUGCAGCGAAUGUGAUCCGUCGCAAGAAGUCCCGGAGCCGCUCGGCGCGGCCCGGAAUAAAGAAAUUAAAAAGCGGCGAGCCGCGAUCGGGAAACCGAGAAGAAUCGACGCGAGGGCCCUCGAGGCGGACCAGAGGAGUCCUGGUGGCUGAAGAUUGCCACACAGGAGGCUGCGUAGAUAAGCCUGCGCAUGCAAAAGUGGAUCAUUACACGGGCAUAAAGGCGAGGCAACGAGGCCAGCUGCGGCCUGUUCUCCAAACGGUCACCCCUUUGUCGUCGAUCUGCAUAACUUUUGGCCGUCAGCCCUAGCCAAAUGCCACUUUUGACGGCACGGAAACGCCAACCGACCGGGACCACGAUGAAGGUAGGGACGCCUUGGGAGGGGAUGGGAAACUCGCAUGAUACGCUCUCGGAAGAUGCUGGUCUUUGAAAUGAGAUGGGUUAAAAACUGAGAUUCCUCUUGCUUAGGUUUCAUAUUUUAUUCAACCUUUUUCCUUAAGCUAAACGUCCCUUCCCACUCGACGCGUUGGUCGCCACGUCACCCAUAUAUGGGCGACAAUGCUUUUCAAAGAAGUUCUUGAAUUUCGAUAACGAUACAAAAGUAAAUACUACAAUAAAUAUUUGAUCGUGUAGUCUCCAGUAGUCUGUAAACAAAAUUAAAACACGGGAGAAAUUUUCAAGAGUAUUGGCUGCCAACCAUCGUGUUAACACAUUGUUGACCGACUUGCAUUAUCUAUUUCGAUUUAUGAAACCCAUAUAGAAUAUUGCAAAAGCUUCGCUCGUGUAGUGAAAUAUUUCCUUUCAGUUCAUUAUGUUGGUCAAAUAUCCAUAAAGUUUAUCGAAGUGUAUUUAUUUAUUUAUUUAUUUCAAUAUAUACGAGCAUAGCCCAUUAUGAAAUUAAUACAGUGUAGCAAUUAUAAAAUUAUAUUUAGAUUAUUUUAAUUUCGCAUUCAGUUAGCCAGUGACAUGAAGUCACUUGUGUGUAAAAUUGCCGGUCAACAAUGUGUCACCCGAAAGUCUCCAGACUCCACACAUUCAUCAAGAUGAACAAUAAGAGGACCUACAAUAAUUCCACCAACGAUAACACGAGUCUUUACCGCGCUCCUCAGGCCGUCACCUCUAAAUCACCGUCCAGUUAUUCCCAACCUAAAUCCACUUCUCAUUCGUUAACCCAGCCGCGUAUCUAAUCGCCGUUCGCAUUAUCGCGUUACCGGUAACACUAACGAACUAAUUGAACGUUACACGCGCGUUCCCACGACCACCUAUAACUCGGUGCAGCGAACGCCUCGGUUUAAUCAUACAUAGUUACGCGAAAGGUGCGCGAGUCCAGCACCGAUGAAAACCGUCGAGAACCGGUCUAAGCUCGCGAUAAGUCGACGGGAUCGCCUCCGGAAAGGCUCGCGAGGUGAACCGCAACCUGGUGAUAAGGAAUCGCGAGGGUUUACCGAGACGCGUCGGUUCGGGGACGGGGAUAACCUAUCGAUGUCGAUCACUCGCGUGACCGCGAAGAUAACACCUGUGGCUGUCGAUAAAUCAUGUCAAUUAUAUAUUGUUUAUGAUCCGUUGUUGGCCGAGUGGAUACGGAGAUGCGAUCGGAUCGGCAGCGCCUGUUCAUAGCGGAAAGGAAGGCUUCCUCAGAAGCAACGCGGAGGAAGCUAAGGUCGUUGUCAGGCCUGCUGAUAAUUGGGUGAGCAAAGCGACACGACACCCUUCCGAACGCGCCAGCGGAUCUGCGUUGUUGCGGGGACCCAGGGCCGUCGUAAAGAGUGGCUGCCACCAUCGGGGCAUCAGGAGCCCUCAGUCAGGGCCUCGUCCGGACAAUAAAUCUGGCCGUUCGGUGUCCGCAUAUCAGCCCACACAUCCCGAAGACAUUCCUCAACAUGUGUCACCCCAUCUACAUAAUCAGCUUUCAUAAUUUCGCCCCUGUCGCUGCUCGAUUCCCAUUCACGGAAGCCUGCGCCUCGUCUCCCUGGGAACAUCGGCUCUGAAAUACGAUCUCGAAUUUGGCAGAAGGGGGGGGGAAUAAUAAGAUUCUCGUUGUCGAUGCGUUACGAGACCGUCGGCGUCGAUCGUUUAUGAAUAUCUACGAGCUCGAACGACGGACCCGGCAUACGAAAAACCGACGUCAGCGUCUCACCGACGGCGAGGGGGAGGGAAAAAAUGAAAGAACGUUUGAAGAUCUAAUCGCGGGAUCGGUGACGUGAGUUACGUGGGUAACCGUUGUCGGCGAGAGACAAAAGUAACGCCGAUCCUUGGCUUUCGGGAGCCCCAUGCCGCACGAUCGGCAACACUCGUGGCUACCAUAUCGCGGGCCCCCAUCAUAUUUAUACACCUUGCGGCCGUUUGAUGCUUUGCGGCCUUCGCGUGCCGUCCCAUUCACACGUGGAUCCCAUCUUGAUCCGGCAUCAUAGACGUCAUCUGCGUGCCGCGCACGUAACAGCGUCGCCAUGUCGAAACGAUUUCUGCCACCGCGAGAUGUACGCGUGAGAAUUUUAGCGUCGAUCGUUCGCCAUCGAUGAAUUCCGAUUGCGUAGGUGAAUUUUGAGGACGAAGAUGGAGGUUUAGAUGGACACAAGGUUUUAGGGAGCUUGGACAUUUUGUUAAUA